AUGCCCCCAAGAGACUUCCCCUCUGCUAGAUCCAAAAUUAGGGACCCCCAGGACAACCAGCAAUGGCACAGCACUCUGCCUGAGUCGCUGAGGCCGAGGUCCUUCCACGCUAAGUCUCCGACUCCACUCCAGAGUCGUCCGAAUCCGCCCAUUCUAACACAGCCCAUAUUUGGGACUAAUUGUUUCCCAGCUGGAAUAGAUAGUCAAGAGGCUGCAAGGCUGCAUAAAUCACACCAAGAAGCUGUUGAGAAGCACUACCCCAAUUGCAUGGCAGAGGCGAAUGCAUUUUAUGAAAAAGCCCUGAUACAUUGUGGAGACAUUGUUUUGUCAAAGGAUGAAAGGGAUGCUAAACCCAACAAAGGCCUCUAUCUGUUGCAGAAUGUCAUAUCCAUAACUACUCCGCCAACGUUCUGGUUCACCUCCUGUUCAUCCUCUCCCUCACCCCUGCCAUACCCUCCAGACCUCUGUUCCACCUCUGCCUCCGAUCUCCGGUACCUUCUCUGGUACCUCUUAUCCUCAUCUUAG